AUCAAGAACCUAGGCAUGCAGACUGCUUCUACAAACAUUUGUGAAAGAAUGGGUCACUCUCAAGAGUUUGGUGAAUUAAUGCGUUGUAUCAUGAUAGGUUGCCAACAGUGCAAUAAGUCCAUCUGUGAAAUGUCCUUGCUACUAAAUAUUCCAUGGUCAACUGUUACUGGUAUUAUAACAAAGUGGAAGUAACUGGGAACAACAGCGACUCAGCCACGAAGUGGUAGGCCAUGUAAAAUGACGGAGCGGGGUCAGCGCAUGCUGAAGCGCACACUGUGCAGAAGUCGCCAACUGUCUGCAGAGUCAAUAGCUAAAGACCUCCAAACACCAUGUGGCCUUCAGAUUAGCACAACAACAGUGCAUGGAGAGCUUCAUGGAAUAGGUUUCCAUGGCUGA